UGCCGUCGGUGUUCGGUUCGGCUCUGAUGAGCAGGGAGUCGAGGGAGUGUCCACGAUUUGGUUCUGUGGUGCGGUGGACGGAUUUUCCCAAGAUUUGUGUUUUAAUCGAGUGCUCGAACAGGAAAAUACGAGGGUGCGCCCUCUUGCGAAAUAAGCCAAGCCUGUGCCCAUCAGCUCAUCCUCCGACGGGCCAUCUGAGCCAUGGCUGAGGAGAAGGAGUCACCCGAGGAGAAUGGUCCCGCGGAGUCGAGCCCGUCGAGCAAGUCUCGACGGUCGGGGAUCCUGCGUGCCCGCUCAGCAGCUGCCUGCCGCGUCCACCUGCUGGACGGCUCAGACUACGAAUGCCAGCUAGACCGCAAAGCCCGUGGAGAACAACUCUUUGAUCGCGUAUGCGAGUACCUCAACUUGCUCGAGCGAGAUUACUUCGGCCUCACCUACAGAGAUCAUGAGAAUACGAGGAACUGGGUGAACUUGGAAAAGAGUCUCUCAAAGCAGAUGAAACGUCGGCCCUGGGAGAUGUCUUUUGAGGUGAAGUUUUACCCUCCUGACCCGUCACAGCUCCAAGAGGACAUUACAAGGUACCAGCUCUGCCUACAGAUACGGGACGACAUCCUGUCCGGAAAGCUACCAUGCUCAUUCGUGACGCAUGCACUACUGGGGUCGUAUCUGGUGCAAGCGGAGCUGGGCGACUUUGACCCGGAGGACCACGGUCGCAACUACCUGUCCGAGUUCCGUUUUGCACCCAACCAGACUCCCGAGCUGGAAGACAAGGUCAUGGAGCUCCACAAGCAGCACAAGGGUCAGACGCCCGCAGAGGCAGAGCUGCACUACCUGGAGAAUGCCAAGAAGCUGGCCAUGUACGGGGUGGACCUGCACCAGGCGCGGGACUCCGAGGGUGUCGACAUCACCCUCGGGGUGUGCGCGUCGGGUCUCCUCGUGUACCGUGACCGGCUGCGCAUCAACCGCUUUGCAUGGCCCAAGAUCCUCAAGAUCUCCUACAAGCGCAACAACUUCUAUAUCAAGAUACGACCAGGGGAGUUCGAGCAAUUUGAGAGCACCAUAGGGUUCAAGCUGCCCAACCACAAAGCAGCCAAGCGGCUCUGGAAGGUCUGCGUGGAGCAUCACACUUUCUUCAGGCUCAUGUCACCUGAGCCCGCGGUGAAGCCCCGACUAUUCCUUCCCCGAUUCGGCUCCAAGUUCCGAUACUCCGGCCGAACCCAGUACCAGACGAGGCAGGCAAGUGCCCGCAUCGACCGUCCGCCGCCCCACUUCGAGCGGACACGCAGCAACAAACGAUUCUCUUCACAAACCCUGACGUACCCGCCACGACCGGCAGCGCAGGAGGAGAGCAAACGGCACACGCUGACGGGCGCCCUUCGGCGCUCGCCCAGUGAGGAGACUGCAUCGGCCGAUGUCCCUCGCUAUGCCACCAAGGCCACGCCUGAGCAGGGACCGAGCCCUACCACCGAAACACCGCCCAAGAAGGAGACAAAGAGGACUAUCCCCGUCGGUGGUGUGGCAGUCAUGUUGCCCAUGGAUAUCAAGAAGGACCAGCGCCUCAGCCAAGAAGCGAAGACGCCUGAAGACAGGAGUCCCCUCCACGAAGACGGGGCGUCCAAGGAAGCCCGCCCCGCAAGCGGAGUCGAGCACGCAAAGAAGGGUUUGCAGGCCGCCUCAAAGGCUGCUGAAGCUGCGGCCACGAAAACUGCACAACCAGUGACAUCGAAAACCGCCGAGGGUAAGGUUUCGCACGGCGGCAUCGGGGAGCCAGGCGUCAAAGCAGAGGCAUUAGCCAAGAAAGUGGCGCCGGGAACAUCGCCGAAAGAAGAGCCGCACGUCAAGAAGAGCUUGUCGGGCGGCGGCGAGACUGACGAUGGGGUGCGGGUGAUUUGCUUGGAGGACCCCGGCACGGGCCUGGUGCGCGAAGUCUUUGUCACCGACGACCGGGUGCCCGCGAAGGGAGCGUCGUCCGGCCUGAAGGAGGAACGUCAGCUGCGGCCAACCAAGUCAGAGACGCGACUCGAGAGUGGCUUCGCCGAGAAGAGCAUCCGCGACCAGGAUGUCACGCGGCUGGAGCUUUCGCGGUCUCGUGAGAAGUUAGUGCCGCUCGCUGAGCAGACGCCGCCCGAGGUGGGAGGCUACCGCAAGGGGGCGGGCACUGCCGCGGGUGUUGCGGCAGCGCAGUUUUGGCCUCCGACGACGGGGAAAGGCGCGGCACCGGCUAAGUCGGGCGGGGACACGAUGCAGGAGGACACUGUGGGACCCGCGGACACCAGCACGCCGCGCCCAGCUGGCCGGGCACCGGGUGGCUUCACCGCCAGGCAGUCGGGCCCUUAUACCAAGGAGUACACGUACCAGGUCCCAGCCGACGACUCCAAGCGUCCGUACAGCCCGACACGUGGCGGUGGUUUCAGCUACAGCCCGCCUCCCGUGGACUCUGGCGGGCAAGCCACGUCGCCGACUGCCCGACCUGGCAGCGGUGACGGAGGAGUGCGCCAGGCCACGGGUCUGGCCUUCACCUACUCACCCACCAGGACGGCAGGCGCACCGGGGUGGAAUGAGGUGUCCGGGCGCAGCCCCACUGGCCGUAGCCCCUACUGGCCGCAGCCCCACUGGCCACAGUCCCACCGGCCGCAGUCCCACCAGUCCCGGUGCUGCUGUGGGUCCCGUCACAACCGCGCCUACGACGACGACGACAACUGUGUCGGGCAAGAGUCUGGACUCGCCUUCAUCCGAGUCGUCAGGAGAGCAGCCUGGACGAAUACCGGGAGGAGCGGCCGUCGCGGCCAUCACGGAUCCCUACCAAGAAGGACGGCGCCACCCGCCCCAAGGUGGUGGGCGUGGUGCCUUCGCUGGCAGCGAGCCGUUCGCCGCCGGGAGGAAAAGCCGGGGAGCUUCAUUUGCAGCAAAAGGACACCAGCAAGUCACGCAUUCCAGGUCUGCCUAGCCAGCAGCCAUCGUGGAGCAGCGGUGCUGACGCCGGCAGCCGUGGCGCAGAGAAGUCUGGCAUCAGACCACCUGGUGCCACGUCUCCAUUGCAGUCCAAACCUUUGCUGGACUCUCGGAAGGCCACUUCACCCGAACAGAGGGCCAUUGUGAAGACGGAGGCGCUCAAGUACGACCCAGCGAGUGUGUCCUCGCUUCAAACAAGUAGCACGACAAGCGUGCCCGUGGUGUCGACAGAAACGAGGAAGGUGGCCUACCAGGUGGCCGAGGGGCCAGGGCCAGUGGGUGCCCACUUUGC